AUGUCUGAAAAGAAAGAAGAUUUGUUUAAACCAGUUGGUGAAGCUGCUGAAGAAGUCGAACAUGAAAAUGAUACUGGUGUCACUUUAACUGGUGCUGAAGAUUCUAUGGGACAUCCAGUUCAAGAAAUUGAAUCUCUUUGUAUGAACUGUCAUGAAAAUGGUACUACCAGAUUAUUAUUAACUACUAUUCCAUAUUUCAGAGAAAUCGUUUUAAUGUCAUUUGAGUGUCCACAUUGUGGUUUUAAGAACUCUGAAAUUCAACCAGCAUCUCAAAUUGAAGAAAAAGGCUCCAAAUAUCUUUUGAAAGUCGAAAGUCGUGAAGAUUUUAACAGACAAGUUAUUAAAUCCGAAAGUGCCACAUGUAAAUUCAUUGAAUUAGAUAUUGAAAUCCCAGCAAAGAGAGGUCAAUUAACCACUGUAGAAGGUCUUUUGAGUGAAAUGAUCGAAGAUCUAGAAAGUGAUCAAGAAACUAGAAAAUCUAUCGACGAAAAUCUAUAUAAUCAAAUAGAUGCAGUUAUUAAAAAAAUCAAAUCAUAUAUCAAUUGUGAACCAAACACUGUUCCAUUAACAUUCAUUGUUGAUGAUCCAGCAGGUAAUUCAUGGAUUGAAUAUAAGCCGGGCGAACCACAACAUAAAUGGUCUCAUACUCAAUAUAUUAGAUCAGAUGAAGAUAAUGUUGCCGUCGGUAUCAUAACUAGAGAUCAAUUAGAAGAACGUCGUCAAGCUAAAUUAAAAGAAUUAUCUAAACGUGAAAGAAAUAAAUCUGAAGCUACAGAAAAUAAAACUCAAUUUUUAUCAGAUGAAACAGAUAUUGAAAAUUUCAAUAAUGAAGUCCAAACUUUCAAAGGUGGUUGUCCAUCUUGUACAAAAGAAUGUGAAACUCAUAUGAAACCAGUUAAUAUUCCACAUUUCAAAGAAGUUAUUAUCAUGUCAACCAAAUGUGAGAACUGUGGUUACAAAUCUAAUGAAGUUAAAACCGGUGGGGCCAUUCCAGAGAAAGGAAGAAAGAUUACUUUAUUCUGUGAUGACGCAGCUGAUUUGUCUCGUGAUAUCUUAAAGAGUGAGACCUGUUCAAUGGUCGUUCCAGAAUUAAACUUAGAUAUUCAAGAAGGUACAUUAGGUGGUCGUUUUACCACAUUAGAAGGUUUAUUAAGACAAGUUUAUGAAGAAUUAGAAGCCCGUGUUUUCAGUCAAACUUCUGAUUCUAUGGAUGAAGAAACUAAAAAACGUUGGAUGGAUUUCUUUGCCAAAUUAAAAGAAGCCAUUGCAGGUAAAUUGAACUUUACCGUCAUCAUGACUGAUCCAUUGGCCGGUUCAUACAUUCAAAAUGUUUACGCUCCAGAUGAAGAUCCAAACAUGAAAAUCGAAGAUUUCGUAAGAACUGAUAGACAAAACGAAGAUUUAGGGUUGACUAAUAUGGAAGUCUAA